UCUGGAAUACUGGAAUUGAAUUCAGAUUGUACAAUAUAAUGAUAUAUGUUAUAUAGCAAACAAACAGUAAAAUUCAGCCAAUUACAGUAGUUUUGCAGUCGCAUUCAGUGUGUAAAAAAGACAAACAGUGGAAUUUGGUAUUGGGAGAAACAUAGAAUCUUUGCUUCAUGUAGUAAGUUAAGUGACCAGCACCACCUCCAUCUUCCUCAAUUAAUGGCCAAGGUGAAUUUUGUUUCAAGAGACUUUGUUUUGAGAACUGUUUUUGAGAAAAAUAAAAAAAGAUAUAAUAUAUAUACAUAUAUAUAUAUAUGGUUCUAUUUUGGGCAGUUCCUUUUCCACUUACAACUUUUCAUUGUGACAUUUUUUAUCCCUCCUCAGUUUUAUUAACCUCAAAAAAGGCGAGCUAAAAGGAGUAGCUAAGCUAGCUUGCCCAAAGUCACCACUAACUUUGUGUUUGACUAUGCCGCCCAAAAACUUCUUUAAAUUCUCUUUCAUUCCACUCGAUCCCUAGAGCUCUCUUCUGCACCUCUCCUUUUGCUUUGCCUCACAAAGAACAGCAAAGUGAAGCUCUCUCUCUCUCUCUCUCUCUCUCUCUCUCUCUCUCUCAAAGCAUACUCUCAGAGAAAGAUGGGUUCACCACCUUCUGGCUUCAUCAAACAGAGCAUUAUUUUCCUCAAGUUACACAUAAUUCUAUACAUCAGUUGCAUACCUGACAGCACGAACCGCCUUUUCGCAGCCCCAACGACUGCUCCUCAUUUUUUUCCCUCUGAUAUAUCAACCUACGCACUCCAAACGCUGGAAUUGGAUGGAUACCUCAGCUUUGACAAUAAUCACCAAGCAGCAACAGAUUUCGGAAACAGAUUCUAUUUGCUCCCAUUAGCAGUCUUACAUCCGAAAUCCGUCUCCGAUAUUUCGAACACAAUAAACCAUGUUUUCAGAAUGGGAUACGCUUCGGACUUGACGGUCGCUGCUAGAGGCCAUGGCCAUUCAAUCCAAGGCCAAGCUCAAGCAUAUAAUGGUGUAGUUAUCAGCAUGGAAUCAUUCAAGGGGCCAGAGAUGAAAAUAAAUGCAGGGGAAUUACCUUAUGUGGAUGUCUCGGCUGGAGAGCUAUGGAUAAAUAUCCUGCAUGAAACUCUUAAACAAGGGCUGGCACCAAAAUCUUGGACAGAUUACCUGCAUCUUACUGUUGGAGGCACCUUGUCAAAUGCUGGCAUUAGUGGGCAGGCUUUCAGACAUGGACCCCAGAUCAGCAACGUUUAUCAGCUGGAGGUUGUCACAGGAAAAGGAGAAGUGGUUACCUGUUCAGAGAAUCUGAAUGCAGACCUUUUCUAUGCUGUUCUUGGCGGGCUCGGCCAGUUUGGCAUCAUAACAAGGGCCAGAAUUUCUCUGGAAAAGGCACCGAAAAUGGUAAAAUGGAUAAGAGUGCUGUACUCAGACUUCUCCACAUUUACAAGAGACCAAGAGUAUCUAAUAUCAUCCAAUGAUAAAUUUGAUUAUAUUGAAGGAUUUGUAUUUAUUAAUCGAACUGGUCUCCUCAAUAACUGGAGAUCCUCCUUUAAUCCCAAAGAACCACUGCAAGCCAGCAAAUUCAAUUCGGAUGGGAAAAUUUUCUACUGCUUGGAAAUAGCAAAAUACUUCAACCCAGAAGAAAGUGACUUUAUGAACAAGAAAGUUGAUAGCUUGUUGGCAGGAUUGAGCUAUAUUCCAUCCACCCUCUUCACAUCAGAAGUUACUUACCUGGAUUUCCUGGAUCGGGUACACGUCUCUGAGAACAAGCUACGUGCAAAAGGUUUAUGGGAGAUUCCUCACCCAUGGCUAAAUCUACUGAUCCCCAAAAGCCAAAUACAUGAUUUUGCUCAAAUGGUCUUUGGUAACAUGCUCAAGGAUACAAGCAAUGGUCCCAUCAUAAUCUACCCCGUCGACAAAUCCAAGUGGAACAAUAAAACAUCUUUGGUCACUCCAGAUGAAGAUAUUUUCUACUUAGUGGCAUUCUUAUCUUCUGCAGUUCCAUCUUCCAUAGGAACAGAUGGCUUAGAACACAUUUUAUUACAAAAUGAAAGAAUUUUGGAUUACUGUAUUGAGUACCUUCCUGGUGUUAAGCAAUACCUCCCCCACUACACCACCCAAGAAGAAUGGAGAUCUCACUUCGGGCCCAAGUGGCAGAUUAUGUUACAGAGGAAAUCUACCUAUGAUCCUUUGGCAAUUCUUGCUCCUGGCCAGAGGAUAUUCCAAAAGGGUAUCCCCUUCUUAUGAUAGUUGUAUCUGCUGAAUAAGCAACACAUAACAAGUUCCUUGAAGAAUGUGAAAGCUAUGAUGGCAUAACUGUAAAUUAAUGAGGAAUCACAUUAUGUUGUUAGGAAA